CACCCUCUCUCCCUCCCUCUCUCCUGGUGAAUAACAGCAGGAUCACUAAAUAGUACUUUUGUUAGGAAAGAAUUCAGAGGACAGAUGGGGAAGUAAGAAGAGGAGAGAAACUGAGAGACUGAAAAAGGGAAAAAGGAAAGAGGGGGCAGAGGAUAACUUUAGACAGAAUUAACAGAGAUGGAAAAAACCAAGAGCUUGUGGUAAUAAAGUGCUGGGGAAAGGGAUAGGGAAGAGGGAGAUAUAGAUACCAAAGAAAGAAAAAACGAGGGAGCAAAAGAAAGACAAAGAAAAGUUUCUAGAAGGGCACGCAGAGGAGUAUAAAUAAACAGAAAAGAGGAGAAAAAAGUUAGUAUAUAAAACGCAGAGGAUACAGGAAGAAACACAGGAGAGCACGGUGAAAGGAGAAUUAUUAAAAGUGGAAAAAAAAGGGAGACAAGAAUGCUUAGUCAGAGCGAACAAGACUGAACAGGAGGGGAGAUGGCAAAUAGAUAUGAGAGAUUUAAGUUUUAAUUAAAAAGCUGACCGACAGAAUAAGUGACAAAUGUUGAGAGGCAAUGAGGAAUAGGAUACAGAGAAAAAAGAAAUGAGAACUGGAGUUAGAGAGGAGAGUGAAUGAUAAAAGUGUUAAAGAAAAUAUAAAAAAAAUAAAAGGGAUAGAAUGAGAAAGGCCUGAAUCAGGAGAGAUUGACAGUUUGAUAUAAGUAGUACAGGGAUAAAGUUUUGUACAUUUGAAGCAGAAAGAAGAGGACAUGACUCAAGGAACAUAAGAGACUUAGAAAAAAAUUGUUAAGGACUGCACCAAAGCAGGAGAAUGAGGCUAUUUCAGUUUUGUAGGAUACAAGUCUUGGGGUUAGGACUUGCUGUUCUUAUGACUAUUGGCUUCACCAUUCAGCUCCUUGGAAUUCACUUUCAAAAGAGUUUUGAUUCUGAGGAUGCCAGGUCUUCUCCGAUCAUCUAUGAAUUGCAGCCUAUGUCUACACCAUUACAGGGGAAAUGUGUACCAAAACAUCACAUAGUGUUUUUAAAGACUCACAAGACAGCUGGAAGCACAAUCCUAAACAUUCUUCAUCGGUAUGGUGAUCGGAACAGACUCAAUUUUGCUUUACCCUUCAAGUAUCAGUUCAACUAUCCCAACCUCUUCCACUCUCGCAGGGUGAAGGGGUAUAAUGCCCCCAACAGACCACAGUAUGACAUUCUGUGCCAUCACAUGCGUUUUAAUCUUCCAGAGGUUCAAAAGGUUAUGCCUAAAGACUCCUUUUACUUCACAAUCAUUCGGGAUCCUGCUACCAUGGCAGAAUCCUCUUUCUCAUACUACCGCUCUGUGUCUUCUGCCUUCAAAAAGUCACCUAGUUUCAAAGCAUUCAUCUACAAUCCUUCACAGUACUAUCGACCAGGUGAGAGGUCCAACCACUAUGCACGCAACUUACUGUGGUUUGAUCUAGGGUUCAACCCAGAUGCAGAAUUCUCUGAAGCUCUAGCCAGGGCAGGAUCACGGGCUGUUGAGGGAUCUUUCAACCUUGUCCUAAUUGCAGAGUACUUUGAUGAAUCAAUGGUGCUACUGAAAGAGGAAUUGUGCUGGGAGCUUGAUGACGUUGUAAGCUUUAAACUCAACACACGUGGUGCUUCUAUCCCACUGCAGAAUGUAGAAAUAGAGAGGUUACGAUCAUGGAAUGCCCUGGACUGGUAUCUAUAUAAUUACUUUAACCACACAUUCUGGGAAAAAGUGGAGCGCUUUGGAAGGAUAAGGAUGGACAGAGAAUUGAAAAUAUUGAGGGAAAGAAGACAGAAAUUAGCUGAACUUUGUCUUGAGAGCUCUGAGCCUGUUGUGGCUGAGAAUAUCAAAGAACAAGGCAUCAAACCCUUUCAGUUUGGACAGGAGAAAAUACUAGGGUGGGUGAUAAGAAAGGAUCUUAAACCCAGCAUCAGAUCUUGGUGUGUCCAGAUGGUAACUCCAGAGUUGCAGUACAAGGACUUAAUAGAUGCAAGACAAUUUAUAUCUAAAACUCACAACAGGUCAGAAAUAACAGUAACUCCAAAACAGAACCUUGGUGGAUGAGGUGGAAUAAAUUAUGAUGACAGGAAAUCAAAUGAGAGGGGACAGGCAUGAAAAGGGAUGAUUUUGUGUGUGAGAACCUGAGACAUUUAAAAAAAUGACAAGCUUGUGAGUAAUACUUUUUUUAGCAGGGCCACCUUUUUCCUGUGAAUGUAAGCAGGUUCUUCUUGAAUAGAGCUGCCAUUUAAUAACGGUUACUACAAUGACUAAAAACCAUUUCAUGUUAAAUAAAGAUUGAGCUCCAGUGAGAAAAGCAGACAUUAACAGAAGCUGACCUCCUAAAGAGAAAAUCAGUCUUCCAUUUUUUUUGGAUAUACAAUUUGUGAAAAACAAACAAACUUUUCAAUGGUCAGCUACUCUCCCAAGAGUCCCAAUUGGUUAAAGAUGAUGUGAUGAUGAUAAUGUGCACUACACACCUGCGUUGUAUACCUAUCUUCACAGAGCUCAAAAAACAUUGAGGCGUGUAAGCAGGAAGACAGAUGUAGCAGUAUUAACCAGACUGGAAAACCCCGGAAUACAUUUGAUAAUAAGCAAUCUGUGCACCAUUGUAAAACUUAACAACAAUUUAUUGGACUUUGUACUACAUUUUCAGCUUAAGAUGACAUGGUACUUAAACUUUUUCUAUCACUAUUAUGAAAAAAGCCCCAUAAUUUACACAUGGGGAACUGCCAGGCAGUGAGCAAUUGUAGGAAGUUCUUACCACCCAAUAAAUAUCAGUAGAAAAAUAGUAGAAAAAGUUUGCACUGUCAUAUUAGUUUCAGUUUCAAAAAAAUGGUUUUAGUUCACAUUUUUUAGGCAAAUUUUUUUUUUUUACUUAAAAGGACAUUAAACCCAAAAUUUCUCUUUCAGUAUUCAGAUAGAGCAUACAAUUUUAAACAACGUUUCAAUUUACUUAUAUGAUAUAAUUUGCUUAAUUCUCUAAGUAUCCCUUGUUGAAGGAGCAGCAAUGCAGUACUGGGAGUUAUCUGAACACAUUGGUCAGCCAAUUACAAGAUACAUUUGCAGCAACCAAUCAACAGCUCCUGAGUCUGCCUAGGUAUCAUUUUCAACAAAGAAUAUCAAGAGAACAAAACAUAUUAGAUAAAAGUAAAUUGCAAAGUUUUUUAAAAUCACUUGCUCUAUCAGAAUCAGGAAAGGAAAGAAAAAUUGGGUUUCAUGUCCCUUUCACAUUUGUUUAUGCAUAAAAACAUUUUACUCUAUGUUUUCAGGCAUAAAAACAAUUUAAACGGCUCUUUUAUAGAAGGGAUAGAAAAGGUUUGACUACAAUGUACCUUUCAAGAGUUUUGUAGCAAAUGUUAAUUUCUUACAAACAGUACUAUGAAUAUGAAUCAAAUACUAUCCCAUUUCCAACAGGCAUGUUCUUCACCUGCUGAUUUAUAUAAAUAUAUAUACAUUGUGAA